AUGGCGCGCCCGAGGGGCAAGAAGCUCACGGCGCCCCAGGCGGCCGGCACUGAUUCGGUCAAGCCGGAGGCCGCCGCCGGUGCUUCGAGCAAGCCGGAGGCGCGCGACGACGACGGAGCCGGCAACUUGGGGGCGGGGGAAACGCGUCAAGGCGCCGCCCAAGCCCAAGCCCGAGACGGAUUACUUCGGCGAGAAAAGAAAUCGGGUGAGUUGGAGGAUCUAUGGUUAUCUGCUUUCCCUGUUGGCACUGAGUGGGAAAACAUUGAUAAGGUAAAGGAGUUCAACUGGAGCUUCGAAAAUUUAGAGAAAGCCUUAGAAGAAGGGGGAGAGCUUCAUGGAAAGACAGUUUGUAUGUUUGGAAGCACCGAGCCCCAGCUAUUGGAUGUUAAUGGUGAAUCAAAGUUAGUGCUUAUCCCAAUUGUAGUUGCUGAUGGUACCUUAUUGCCACACAUUAAGUCAGAUCCGAUUCCAGCGGUUAACGACAAACCUGUUAAGUGCUGCUUUGAGUUUUAUGCGCCAUGGUGUGGCCAUUGUCAGAAGCUGGCCCCAGUCUUGGAUGAAGUUGCAGUUUCUUUGGAGAAAGAUGAAGAUGUGAUCAUUGCUAAGAUGGAUGGCACCACCAACGACAUACCAUCGGAUUCCGCAGUUGAGGGCUAUCGAACCGUGUACUUCUACUCAUCUGCUGGAAACCUCCUUUCAUAUGAAGGCGGGAGGACAACUGCGGACAUCAUUGAUUUCAUAAAAAAGAACAAAGGCUCCAAACCAGGUGAAACCUCUGUAGAGGAUGGUGCAGUUGAAACUGUUGGCAUGGAGGAUGAAGAAACAAUAACAUCAUCAGAGUCUGUUAAAGAUGAACUGUGA